AUGGCCCCAGCCACAGGUCCUCUCCUGAGCGCAGCGCUGCUGUUGCUGCUGCUGUUGGCCACCAGCCACCAGGCUACAGGAACAAUUAUGGCCAGUGAACUGCGCUGUAAGUGCCCGAACACCAUACCAAGGAUUGCUUUGGAGGAAAUUCAGAGCUUGAAGGUGACGCCCUCAGGACCCCACUGCACCCAGACGGAAGUCAUAGCCACUCUCAAGAAUGGUAAAGAAGUUUGUCUGGAUCCCGAAGGCCCUAGGCUUCAGAAGAUCAUCCAAAAGAUCCUGAAGACGAAGACUGUCAUGCUGAAAAAUGGGACAUUAAUUUGCUUGGAUCCCGAUGCUGUAUGGGUGAAACUUCUUACUGGAAAUAUUACGCAGAGUGAACAAGGCAAGCCCAAUCCUGGUUACACCUACCCUCCGUGA